AUGGAUUCUGAUUCUUCAAUAUUUGAUGAAACAAUAUCUGAUAUAAGUCUAUUACAUUUAUCACAUUCAAAUAUAUUAAUUUUUAAUUUUUCAUCAUCAUCAUCAUCAAUAUUUGAAAAUGAUACAAUAAUAACAUCAUAUGAUAUUUAUCGACAUUUAACUGAAAUAAUUGUUUAUAAAUACAUAUGUUUAACAAUAUUUGUUAUUGGUGUUAUUGGAAAUUUACUUAGUGUAUUAGUAUUUAGUCGAGCAUCAUUACGACAUCGUUCAUGUGCAAUAUAUUUUUUAGCAUUAGCUAUAACUGAUAUAGCAUCAUUAUUUGCUUCAUUUAUUGAUACAGUACUUCCAUCAUAUAAUAAUGUUUCAUUAACAAUUAAAUAUUUAUUUAUAUGUAAAUUAAAUCCAUUAAUGGUUUAUUUUACAACAGAUCUCUCAAAUUUUUUAUUAGCUAUUGCAUCAAUUGAUCGUGCUGUAUCAAUACAAUGUCCAUUAAAAUCGAAACAAUUUUGUCGAGCACGUAUUGCUAUUUAUAUUAUUAUAAUUAUAUCAUUUGCAUUACUUAUUAUAAAUAGUCAUAUAUUUUGGGGUUUUGAAAUAAUUGAUGAACAAUCUCAAAAAAUUUGUUUACCAUCAAAAAUAAAAAUUGUUUAUUAUAAUGAACCUAAUUCAUUAACUUAUGAUCGUUUUUAUGCUAUAUUUGAUUCAUUAGAUAUGUUAUUUGCUGUUCUUAUUCCAUUUAUUGUUAUGUUAAUAUGUAAUAUAAUUAUAUUAAUACGUGUUAUAACAUCAAGACGUUCAAUAUCAACAGUUUUAUCAACAACCGUACAAUCAAAAAAAUCACGUAAAAGACAUGAAAAAGAAAGACAAUUAACUGUUAUGCUACUUGGAAGUGCAGCUGCUUUUUUAGUGUUUACAUUACCAACAGAAAUAAAUGAUACAGUACGUGCUUUCCGUCCAUCAAAUUUAUCUCAACCAAAAGGUGCCAUGGCAUUAAUGACAGCUGUAUUUAUUGCUAUGGAACAAUUAAAUCAUGCAAUUCAUUUUUAUAUUUAUACAUUAACUGGUCGAGUUUUUCGAAAUGAAUUAAUACAAUUAUUUACUUUUUCCAAAUAUACUUCAUUAACACAACAAAAAUCAUCAUCAUCAUUAAGACGAAUGACUAAUGAUCAUCAACUUAAUAGUUUAUUAAAACAAAAAACUAAUCAUGAUGAUACAUAA